CUUCUUGAUUAGUAGCCUCUCGUUCAUCGUCGCACACAGAAUAAGAAAGGAAGAAGUUUUAUUUCUCCAAUACCAAGCUCAAACAAAGAUUGAUGUGUAUGUCUAACGCAUCCGUGUCCAUUAGCCCAGAUAUUUUUCCUUCUCUUCUCUGCUCUACACCUCACUCUCACACAAGCUAUGUAGCUUGAAAGCGAUUUUCAAUCUUUCUCCGCUUCUUUGAUACUACUCAGGAUUACUUCGUCUUUCUCAAGCCUGGUUCGCUAUUUGCUUUAGCUGUGCCACAUGGGAUUGGAGCUGGUUUGCAAAGCAAGGAUCAACAAUUUCAAAGGGGAACAAUCCAUAUGGAUUCGCACUUGGUUUUGAUUGAAAAAUCGUUUGAUACUUGUUACUCUAUCGGGGCUCGAGAAGCUCUCGAUGAAUUGCCUGAAUGUUUUACCAUCACCGAUCCUAGCAUCUCCGGCCACCCAAUUGUCUUUGCCAGCAGUUGUUUUUUGAAGAUGUCCCGCUAUUCUGAGGACGAGGUUAUCGGCCGAAAUGGAAGGAUUUUCCAGGGGCCUAAGACUAACCGGAGGUCCGUCAUGGAAAUACGUGAGGCGAUUCGAGAGGAGAGGGCACUUCAGAUCAGUUUGUUGAAUUAUCGCAAAGACGGCACGCCGUUUUGGAUGCUGUUUCACAUGUGCCCUGUUUUUUGCAAGGAGGACGGGAGGGUCGUUCACUUUGUAGCGGUUCAGGUGCCCAUUUUAGGGAGACAGAGGCUAAAUGGGACGAGUUUGAGUGAGGAAGGGUCAGGAUUUAGGGAGAUUGUGUUUGGUUCAUGCAGGAGAGAGGUUUGCUCGGAUUCUUUGGUGGAUACGGGUCGGGUUUUGUCAUUGGAUUCGGAUACUAGAGGAUUAAACAUAGCGGAAACAUGUGAAGCUAGUGAGGCAGAGAAGCGAAGAGCAGCAUCUGCCAUUAAAAAUAUAUUGUCUGUACUAACUCAGCAUAGCGAGUCAACUGGCAAAUUGGUGUGUGGAAAAAGAUGCAGCUUACCCGGAGCAACCCUUGUCAGCUCAUCUUUAAAUAUAUCUCUUGGUAGAAUCAAACAAAGCUUUGUAUUGACGGAGCCACACUUGCCAGAUAUGCCUAUAGUUUAUGCAAGUGAUGCCUUCUUGGAAUUGACAGGUUAUGCUAGGAAUGAAGUUUUGGGGCGCAACUGUAGAUUUUUAAGCGGAGUGGAAACAAAUUCGUCAGUUCUUCAGAAGAUAAAAGAAAGCAUUCAAACUGAGCAAGCAUGCACAGUACGUAUCUUAAAUUACAGGAAGAAUAAAAGCACAUUUCGGAACCUUCUUCACAUAUCGCCUGUCCGAAAUGCUACAGGCAAGGAUGGUCUGCCACUGCCAGCGCUCUCCUGCUGCCAAAAGAGGUCCCACGUCACCCUUAGAGAUUUAUGAUUGAUCAUUAGCCUGUGCUUUACCCAGCAUCAGUCAGUGAUUCUAACCUUGUUCUCUAACUUUGUUCACCAUCCAACCAUCAUACUCAAAACAAGCACAAACGCACUAUUUGGACAAACAAUGGACUGACUUUUUUCUGGAAAGUAACACGGACCAAACUUGUAGUAUUUGGGUGGAUCUGGUGAUCAAGAAGGCAUUGGGUUUGUUUCUAGUACCAGUGAUAAAGCUGAUAUCAGCAGUGAGAGGAUCGUGCAGAUGCAAAAUGGAUCUGUGUCCAUCAAACUCCUUUUCCUUAUUCGUUGUAUGGAUCAAACUCUUUUGUGUAAAAGGGUAGACCAUUCAUGAUUACCCAGCAUGCAAAAGAAGCCAAAGGCCUAAUAUUAGUUGGUGAUGUUGACUUGUGAGGACUUCUUUGAUUUGAGAGAAAGCCUGGGAGACGCAGGUAGAGGAGAUUCAGAGGGAAGGAGCGAGAGAAGGAAAAUGGAGAGUGGAAAAAUCUUAUAACAGAGAUAAGUUUGGUUAAAUUAUAAACUUUGUUGCAGCAUAUUCAGACCAAAAUAUGGUUAUUUUGUUUGUUGGGAGGAUGAAAAUAUAAAUGGUAGUCUUAGAUUCCCUUUUGAGAUAGUUUUACUUUAAUGGACCAUAUUAUCUUUAUUUGACCAUGGGGAAUAUCAUGUCAGCUGUGCUGAUUUAGGGAAACAAAGAUUCACCAGGUUCUUUUGGUAACCUUUUGUUUCAGUUCCUUGGCUUGGAACAUGAUUCCUGUUCAGCUAUAUCAGACAACCCCAACCAUAAACCAUCUUAAAAUCUUUCUUGGUUUUUAUUCUUCCCCUGCCCAUCAUUUUUUUUUCAAAGGCCCAUCAAUUGAAUCUCGGUGUGUGCUUUUUUUGUGCUUCUAGUAAUCACCAUAUCAAAUACUAUUCCUCAGUCGCAUGACACUUGUGAUUCAUGCUAACCUUCUUGAACUAUUGUCUAUGGGAUAAUGAUUCUUGAUUAUAAUUCAUUUUGUAGAACUUCAAGGGAUACAAAUAGUAGUUGUUGUGCCCAUUUUGUCAUUUUGUAGCAGUCCAAACUUAAACACUGUGAAAAGAUGAAAGAAGCCAUCCACAAUGAUAUGUAGAUGUAGAGAAAACCAUUGGCUUUUAUGUUUAUAGUGUUGCAAGCACAGGAAAGUUUACAAAACAUAUUAAUACCCCAUCAGCUUUUGACAGUUUAUUUGUUGGAAAUUCCUUGGUCCCUUAAUUUUCUGGUUGUUUAGCUUUUCUGACCAGUUUCAGAAUGGAAAUGCUAUUAUACUACUGUGUCAAUGAAUUACAAUGCAAUUUGUUGAAGAAAUUUAUCAUUGAAGAUAGCUGUAAUACUUUUACUUUGAAGUUUGGAAGUAGAGACAGGCUUACUCAUGUUCUUAAUAAAAUCUUCACUUUAUUGUGACAUAAUAAUAGUUGAAGAAUUGGGUUCAUUAUGGAUUUUGACUUUUUUUAGAAAUGACCUCACUGGUCAACAAAGUGUAGGAGGUGGCAUCAGAUGGCAAGGAGAGUUGGAAUUUUCAGUACUAAGGUUGUAGGGGUUCUAUUCUAGGAGUAAAAUUGGUGCGAGACUGCCAGUUAAAGGUUUAGUACUAACUAGUUUAGGAAGAAAUCUGGAAUCGAUUAUUUUGCUUUGUGAUUGGAGUAAGGUUUCUCAUGAGCAUUUUGUAUUAACUCAGAUGUUAAGUUAUUGUUUUAAUUGAAUUGACGAUAAAAUUGAAUUGCCAAUAAAUUGGUCUUUUUACUUUUGUGUGCUGAUUCCUUCAGAUUGAUUCUAUGCUAAAAUUACCAAGUGGCUCUGUAUAUAAUAACAUGAAUUUCUAGUAUGUUGGAUGUCAAUAGUUGAGAAUGAUAGAUCGUCAAAUGUGAAGGAUUUUCUUUAUAUAUUUUGACAAUUGAGUUAUUUAUUGCUUUUUAUUAUUGAUUAUGAACUGCAAAGAAGCACCUUAGCAUGUAGUUCAAUGUUUUCUUGCCUCUCAGUUUGUUUUAAUUUUGGUUUAAAUGUCUUCCAGUAGUUUGGAUUCUAAUGUUAAGAAGAAGAGACCGAACAUGUAAUAUCUUUAUGCAAUUCUUGUUUUUCUUACUGGGGUCCAUGGCUGUUCAGAUAGCAUACUAUGUGGGUGUGCAGAUAGAAGAAGAGUACAAGAGCCAGGAAAGGCAUGGAUUGAACCCAGAGAAGAGGCAGCUUAGUUGCGUAGGUGCGGUGAGGAUAGCUGUAAGGAGUACGUCAAUUGGUGCCGGCUCCUCUAAAUCAUAGGAUACAACUUCAAUUUUCUUUGCUGCUUUUUACUGGCUUUAAAAGAGAGAAAUAAUAUUCACCCUGAAACUUGAUCAUAUCUUGUAAAGGAUCUGAUGGUUUCUUGUGAUAUCGCUUUGCCCGAAUGUGAAAAAAGAA